AUGCAACGACGGAUGAAUGAAGGCCGACGACGGACUGGAUGCUGGACUUGCAAAUGUAAGUUGCUAUCGCCAGAUUCGCCCCUGUCCUUCCCCUCGGUACGAAGUAGUACACCAGGUGCCAAAAUUGACCAUGACUCAGCAAAGCAUGUGCAAUGUACCGAAGAAAGACCGUCGUGUUCUCGCUGCUUGAGAUUACAUCUUGAUUGCCAGUACGGGCUCCGGCUGCUCUGGAAAGAGGACGCCCUCCAAAGAAACAUCAGUCUUGGCCGUGAAGGAAAAUGGUCCAAGACACACAAAAAGUGUCAGAACGUAAGGUCUGACCCCGGAAAACUAUUUAAGCCCAUCAAUUUGAGUGCUUAUACUGGCGAAUGGAUAUUUUUAAACGCUACUAAAAAUGACUUCACUAUAUGUUCUAUUAUGAACUACGAUCCUUCAGACUAUCCUUCCAACGAUUUAGAGCCCGAGCUGGAAACAGAAACUCUGGAUCUGAUCCCACCCGAGCUUGAUCAAGUUGAGGCAGAUCCAGGUCAGGAAAUGGCCAUCUAUCAACCAGGUGGCUCUCUCUGCAUGUGGUCGUAUUCGACCGUUGAAGGAAACCUAUUCAAUUACUUCAUCGUUUCAAUAUGUCCUAGCUGCUCUUUAAGCGAAUCCGAUAACCCUUACCUUACCUACCUCGUACCUAUGUCCUUUAAUUUUCCGACAUUGCAAAAUGCCUUGCUGGCUGUUUCAGCAAACCAACUUCGGCUCUUGAACGACAAGCGGUUCGAAAUGGAGGCCUGGUAUCAUAAAUCCAAAGCUAUCCAAGGCGUUCAGAGAGCGAUUGAUGCAGGUCGUGUUGAUGUUGGCAUCGUGGCGACAGUUUUGAUGCUUUGCUUCUAUGACAUUUCAGAUGGCUGCAAUCGAGCCUGGGUCACCCAUCUUCGUGGUGGCCUGACCUUGCUUGAUCAACUCUCGCAGUCUGCAGGUCCUAGAGAAGAUAGUAAUCUGCACGCCUUCCUUCGGAUGUAUUUUGUUGCCCACGACAUCAUGAGCCGCACUGCGUGUGACGAGAUAGACGUCGACCACAGUCGCGAAUGGGUAGAAGACGAGACGAUCGACGAGAUUGAUGUGCUAAUGGGGUGCUCGAGAAGCCUGAUGAAUCUUGUGCGGAGAAUUUCAACUCUAGCAUCCCACGCGAAAAUGGCAAGUAUCCCUCGACAAAUAAAUUUAGAACUCACUAAUUUACAAUCAAAGAUAUCCCAGAGAAUCGGUGGACAGACGUCAGAAAUCGAAGCACUCAUAGUCUCACGUGACUUAAUCGAGCGAUCAAUCCAGUCCCUUAAACAAAUUCUUCCAAGCGGCGUACGCGAAUCAUCAACGCUUCCGAGAAUAGCAGAAAUAAAACGUCUAACAGCACUACUUUACCUCCACGAACGACUCAUUAUGCUCCCUUCUUCACAUACCCAAGGUAACUCACCUACAGUCUGCCGCUUCCAACUUAUCGCCACAAUAAUAUCCCUUAUAAGCACACUCCCCGACUCCCCGACCUUGCUCUGGCCUUUGUUCAUCCUUGGAAACACAGCUUUAGGUCUCGACGAGGAGCAGAGACGGUUUGUCCAUCAGAGACUUACCACUUUGCGGAAAGUGAGGAAUCUAGGGAGUGUAAGAAGAGCAAGGCUAGUUGUUGAGGAUACGUGGAAGAAAAUUGAUCUAGAAGUCAAGGAACCUACACAUGGGGCGUGGUUAACGAGAAGAACUCGGAAUAUUAUUAGUUUAGCUUAA